AUGGUAGAUACGGUUCCGGACGGUAGCGUCUGGUUUUACGACCCAAACAGGAUUGCGCCAAUCGUCCUCGCAGCCGUCUUCGGUGCUUCAGGACUAGUUCACGCCUGGCAAUGCUACCGUUAUAAAUGCUGGAAACUCACGGGGUGGGCAGUUGCUGGUGCCGCUGCAUACUGCGGCAGUUUUGUCGCCCGCGCCUUCGGCGCCGCAGACUACAAAGGCCUGACGGCUUAUGUCGUGCACUUCAACUUCGUGUUCGCGGCUCCGCCCCUAUUUGAGCUCCUCAACUAUGGCAUUCUUGCCCGAGUAGCUUACUACCUCCCCUACCACUGCCCCAUUCACCCCGGCCGCCUCAGGACCACCUUCACAACACUGGCGACCAUCAUCGAGGUCCUCGGUGGCUACGGCGCCUACUAUGCCUCGAAGCGAAACGAGCCCGAGGGAGAACAGGCCAUCGGACGCGGUUGCCUCCUGGCAUCUCUGGUCCUGCAGACUAUAUUGAUCGCCGUCUUCCUGGCGCUGACCUCUGUCUUCCAUGUCCGCGUUCGCCGCGCCCGUAGCGCACGGGGCUCUGGUCCCGAUUCCGUCAUCUGGGUACUUUACGCCAGCUCUCUCUUGAUUCUCACUCGGACCGUCUUCCGCGUCGUCGACAUCGUCAACCUUGCCGCUUUUAACCCCAAGAAGAACGACUUCGAUCCAUCCUUGGUACCGGCCAUUGUCCGCUUUGAGUGGCCUUUCUACGUCUUCGAAGCUUCCAUCAUGCUCGUCAACCAGCUUAUGCUCCAUGUGGCCCACCCACGUAGGCACCUUCCUGAAGACAAUGCUGUCUACCUUGCCCAGGACGGUAUGACAGAACUCAAGGGGCCCGGGUUCAAGGACAACCGCAAUUGGUGCCUCAUCCUCAUGGACCCGCUAGAUCUUAUUGGCCUUUUCAAAGGGACAGACAAGUCAAUGAAAUUUUGGCAGAAUAACGGCUUCAGCGAGCUCAGCGAGAAUUCCAGGGACCAGCCCACACGUGUCCAGCAUCGUCAAAGACGCAAGCGUUGA